AGCGGGGCGCUGGCUUUAAAGCUCUACAAGUCAGGGAAAUAAGGUCUUAAAUUUAGAGGCCGACUUCGCUUUCCCUGGUCCCGCGACUUUCGAAGUCUCGACCAUAGAGAGGGAAUUGGUCCGCUCUAGCUGCGCCCGGACGCCCAAUCCGGCAGGAGCAUAGAGUCUCUAAGUCUAGAAGGGCCCUUCCGGCUUGCGGCACAUCCGGGUCCCUUAACAAGGCCUGGAAGGCGCGGCAUGGCAUCUCGUCUUCCGCUGCGUCCUUACAGCCUCCGUUACUGGCCUUGACUACGUGGCGGAAGAAGCAGCGCCGCCGCCGCCGCCACCGAGUGGCCGAGGUUCGCUUCAUCGGAGGGCCCUACCCGCGAAGGAGGACGGGCCCCAACGCCCAAGACCUAAUGCGCAGGCGCCAGAGGCAGGAGCAGCUGCCUCAGAGAGAUGGAGCCUCGUUCUGAGAUGGACAUUCUUUCCAUUUGUCAGCAAAGAGAGAAAUGGAGCCUGAAGCAGCCAAGAAGGCCCCAGAAGGGAGGAGGAAGUUCACAGUGAAGAUACCGGAUGAAGACGUGGCCCCGGCACAACAGGUGAAACUGCUCUUUAAACCGUCUUCAGCUUCAGGGCCUUCACAGGUCCCCAGUGCUCCGGCCAGAUCAGAGGCUGUCUCUUACGCGGAUUACAUUGUGGGACAAGCAGGCACUUCUUCUGCUCCCCCACUGAAACAAGGAGCGGCGGCUGCCACAGUACCAGCAACCACUGCCCUCAAAGAAGUGGCCCCACCAUCCGACGAGAACAGGAGCACCCUAGGGAAGACCAGCGCAGCAGAAGACAAGGGCCCUCCUUCAAACCCAGCCCCGAAGCCCGGUGCCAAGCAUAACAGCAUCAUUGUUAGUCCCCGUCAGAGGGGAAACCCCAUUCUGAAGUUUGUUCGCAACGUGCCCUGGGAAUUUGGCGAGAUUGUCCCAGAUUAUGUGUUGGGCCAAAGUACCUGCGCGCUUUUUUUAAGCCUCCGGUACCAUAACCUGAACCCAAACUACAUCCAUGAAAGGCUGCGCAACCUGGGCAAGACGUACAUGCUGCAGGUUCUCUUGCUGCAGGUUGACGUGAAAGACCCGCAGCAGGCACUCAAAGAGCUCGCAAAGAUCUGCAUCCUUGCUGACUGCACCCUUAUCUUGGCCUGGAGUCCAGAGGAAGCUGGCCGCUACCUGGAAACAUACAAAGCCUAUGAGCAGAAACCAGCAGAUAUGUUGAAGGAGAAAAUUGAUCAAGACUACCUAUCAAGGAUGACGGACUGCCUGACCAGCGUGAAAUCCGUGAACAAGACAGACACACUGAGCCUGCUGUCUACCUUCGGAUCUCUUGCCAACGUUGUCCAAGCAUCGAAGGAAGACUUAUCCCUAUGCCCAGGGAUUGGGCCCCAAAAGGCCAAGAGACUGUAUGAUGUCCUACACCAGCCAUUUCUCAAAGGUCCCAAGUAAACUGAGGCCACCACAAGCAGGAGAUGGAGGGGAAAAAUCCUUUGUUCUCAGACUAUGCACAAAUGCAUUGGAUGGCUGCCCACCUGCUUCCACUGACCUUCGGAAACCCAGCAGAGCGCAGAGCCUUCUUGGUAGAGAACCUAAGCUUUAUUUUGUUCCGCCUCUACGACCCUCUCCCUACCUAAUCCACCAGUUAAUGCAUUAAAUAAAAUAUACCAGGAGGCACCAAGAA